ACCCCAAGAGAAUGUACAGAGAUAAUUGCUAUAGAUUUAUUUACUAUAGUAUCUUAACUAUCGGCAUUUGGCAAUUUAGAGUGGUGACAAGUCGUCAUGUUCACCCUUCUUCAAGGACCGAUCAUCGUCAUUAUGGGCAUGGUUUAAAAAAUUCACAAACUCCUCCCAAAGCACAACCUCGAAUUUUGGGAGGCGAUGAGGUGGCUGGUCGCGAAUAUUUUCCAUAUCACGUCUCCAUACAGGUGUCAGAGAUGCAUUUAUGUGGCGGUGCCAUAGUGGAUAAACGUUGGAUCCUAACUGCGGCACAUUGUGUCAUGCAAGAGGGUUUCACAAUCCUGGCCGGCACUCACAAUUUGGGCGAUCGGAAACAGGCUAUCUAUUUUACGCCCCAAGAGGUGAUUGUUCAUUGCAAUUAUGAUAAUCCAGAAUUUACAAAUGAUAUUGCUUUGGUGCGAACCGCUGAGAAAAUUAAUCUAUCGAGUGUACUAAAGGCCCUGCCACUGGGUACGAGAUAUCCCCAUUCAAAUGGCAAAUUAAUUCUAACGGGUUGGGGUUCAAUUAAAAAUGGUGACACUGUCUAUGAUGAGGUAUUUCCCGAGUUGCUGCAUACGUUAACAUUUCAGGCUGUUAGCAACAAGCAAUGCAAUGAUGCCUGGGAAAAAUCAGGAGGCAUUGAUAUGGGUAAUGCCUGCGCCUACAACGAUAUUGGCAAAGGCGCUUGCAGUGGCGAUUCGGGCAGUCCAUUGGUUUUUCAUGGCAAAUUGGUUGGCAUAGCCAGUUAUGUUAUGGCCUGUGCUCGAGGUUUACCGGAUGUCUUUUCUAGUGUUCCAUUUUAUUUGGAUUUCUUACGUACUACAAUGCGAGAAUGCGAAGAGAGAGUACCAGAAAAAACAAGCAAACAUCAAAGGAAUAAAAUUCAUAGGACAACGAUUCGAAAUCGUAAAGAUUUCGAUAUUGUCACAAAUCGUGCCUGGCGUACACAACCCAAGAAAAUGCAUGUAGGCAGAUAUCGACGUGAUGUUUCAUGGGGUCAAAGGAUACGUUGAUAGAAUAUAAAAUACUCAAAUCGUUGUGACUAACUAAAUAAAAUGCAUCAAAAAAAUAAAUAAAAGUUUAUAUUCAA